CCCCAUCUGGUUUCGAUUUACCCAAGGAAAUCGAUGAUCCUUUUGCAGUCUUAUUCAAGGUUUCUGCAUCGGGUUCAACUGUUGAUAAGUAGAAUAUGGUUAACAUUCAAGUAGCUGCACGUCGUGCUUUGUUCUCUGGUUUCCCGAUUUUAUUUUGGAUUGCAAUUUAGGUUUGAUGUGUUGAACUUCUCUCAUUUCACUGGUAAGUAGUAAAGUCUAUUUCUGAGUUUUCUUUGGCGCGCGCGCGAACACGCAUAUGCAUCUAUGUUCUUCAUAGUUCUUCGAGCCUCACUAGCAUAUGGACGGAUUUGUUUGAGUCUCAACUAAUUUGUAGUCUGCGAACUCCUUCAGUACUUAACUUAUCUUGACAUGUUUCAUUAAUUUCCUUCGGUUAUGUUGUGUGCAUGUAUAAUGUAACUUCUAGUUCCAAAAGGAUGCCAAUUAAUAUUCAACUAAAUUUUUCUGUCUUGCUCAUUGGCUAUCAUGUUUAUGAGAGAAUCAAUGGAGUUGGUUUUGACCAUUUCAUCAAUUGCUAACAAGUUUCUUGUUCUUUGUGGGAAAACAAUAAAAUAAAAUAAAAAUUAAAAACAAAGCUGAAGUGUUGGUAUAAGUUGGUCCCCAUUUUUCACUAUGCUCUCUAAACUAGGUCCUGAUCCUUCUGAUAGGAAGCCUAUUUGAGUUUCCGGUACCUUGGCCUAUGUGUGUGUAAUAUUAUUGAGUACUUUUUUUCACUUUUCCAUCUUAUAAUUCUAUGGGGAUAUUUCAGUUAGUCUUCAUUUCAGGAAAAUCUCAGCCUCCAAAAUAUGGUAUGAGCGUAAAAAAUUUUCUCAUGUGAAACUUUUUGUCAUUUCUUGGUAGAUGUUUGGGACAGUGAUUAGGUAUGCUGCUAAGACAUCAAAGCCAAAGGCAAAACCUAUAGAACUCAAAACUCCACCAGAGCAUGCACAAACGAUCACUAGGGUUCUCUUUGAUAUUGUGAAGGAGCAUGGCCCUCUCACCAUUGCAGAGACGUGGGAACAUGUCAAGGAAGUAGGAUUGAAAGAUUUGAGGUGCAAGAGGCAUAUGAAGAUCGUAUUGAGAUGGAUGAGAGAGAGGCAGAAGGUUCGACUCAUAUGCAACCCUGUAGGUGCUCAUAAGCAGUUUCUGUAUACCACUUGGUUUUCAAAACCCUCCUCCGUGCAGGCAAAAGCAGUGAAUCUUCCGUCCAAACCAAAGUCCUCCUGAAGGUUUCUUAUCAUCAUUACAUGUGUACAUGCCAAGGGACUCAAUGAACUAAGCUAUAUAGGUAGCUCUAAUAAAAUAUUCCUCGGGUCCUAAAUAUAAGACCCUUAUACACUUUUAUAUGUGAUUCUAAGUUGUAAGAAUCACAUACUGAUUAUUUAUCAUGUUGUUAGUAUAAGAGUUACGUAUUUGGCAUGUUUCUGUAGAAAAUCUGAUGACUAUUAUGAUUUCGGGAAAGUGUUUUGAUCCUUGUGAAGAUAACAUAACUUGUUAUUUCAAUUUUUUUUAGAAGGUUGAUAAGUAGAAUAUGGUUAACAUUCAAGUAGCUUCACGCCAUGCUAUGUUCUCUGGUUUCGCAAUUUUAUUUUGGAAGGCAACUUGAAAUGAAUUUUUUAUUGAAUGCAA